AUGCUACCGCUUCUAAUCUCAGCAGCAGCUGCCACUCUUGCCUCUGCCCUGGAACUUCCCCAAGGUUAUGCGCCAGAUCCUGUCUCCUGCCCAACAAGUUUACAAUGGAUCCGACCGGCAGUUGGACUCAGCAGAGAUGAAUUGGAAUGGGUCGAAGGGCGCAAGAAGGUCGUCCUGGGCUCACUAGAGGCAUAUCUGGAACGACUCAACCUGGACGACUUUGACACAGAUGAAUACAUCUCGCGUCUCAACUACACCAACCAAACCCCAGUUAUGGGAAUGGCCAUCAGCGGCGGAGGUUUCGGAUCCGCCUUCACCGGGGCAGGUCUAAUCCGUGCUUUGGAUGACCGUCUUCCCGCAGCCAACGAGCAACGUACAGGCGGACUUCUGCAAAGCAUGACCUACCUAUCCGGCCUGUCCGGAGGAUCCUGGCCCGCAGUGUCCUUCCCAUCAUACAACUUCCCUACUGCAGACGAGAUUGUCGAUUACUGGAAACCGGCGAUUGACCGAUUUCUCACAGUCACAAACACCUCUGCUGAAGCUGCCACCGAAGUUGUCAUGUUCGAACAGAUUGCUGCAAAGCACAUGGCUGGCUUCGAGAUAGGUAUAAGUGAUUAUCUGGGGCGGGGGUUCGCGUACGAGUUCAUACCCGGACAAUCCGGGGGCCUGAACACCACGUUUUCGGGGAUAAGGAAUCUGAGCAACUUUAUCAAUCACCAAAUGCCGAUGCCUAUCAUCCACCUGGCUUCAGUUGAGCCGGAAGAUGCUGAGUACUACGACCUUUUGGUACCGUCAUCUAAUGGGACGAUUUUUGACUUGACUCCCUUCGAAUUUGGCGCCUGGGACGGAGAUGUGCAUGCAUUCACACCCACUGAGUGGCUCGGAAACCAGCUGUCCAACGGAAUCCCAGUUAAUUCAAGUACAUGCUGGAAAGGAUUUGAUCGAUCCUCACUGGUCAUCGGCACUUCCGCCGGCGCCUUCAACUUCUGGUAUCUCGAAAGCGUCUCCAACGGAACCCUCGGCCAAUUUGCCAAACGUUCCACCACCCACAAGUCCUCUCUUGCCAAACGACUCAGCAAACCCGCCAACCUUAACGGACUCGUCGAAGCGUUUGCCGACACCUUCGAUCUAAACCUAACAGAAGUUGCCUACUCAACAUUCCCCAACCCAUUCACCAACCUCUCCCUCUCCACCGGCAACGCUCACACAUCCUCAACCCUAAAACUCGUCGACGGCAGCGAAACAGGUCAAACGAUCCCGCUCUGGGGUCAAAUCCAGCCUGCACGCAACGUCGACUUUAUCAUAGCCUGGGACGACUCCCAAGACGCAGACCCAUACUCCUGGAACAAUGGCACAAACCUCUACAACACAUACCUCGCUGCCAACGCAACGGGACUUCCCUUUCCCGUAAUUCCACCCUCCAAGACAAUGGUGAACCUGAACUACACACUCCACCCACAAUUUUUCGGCUGCGAUGCGAACCUCACUACCACAGGCGACGAUCGUGCCCCGAUUGUGCUGUACAUGGCCAAUGCGCCGUAUAGCGCAUACACGAACUUCUCGUUCUGGCAGACGGCGACGAGUCGCGAGCAGAUGGAGGACAUCUUCAUCAAUAGUUUCGACAUUGUGACGCAAGCGAAUGGAUCGUGGGAUGGGGAGUGGGCGGAGUGUAUCGGGUGUGCGGCUGUGGAGAGGAGUUUGAAGAGGGUAGGGAUGGAGAGGACCAGGCAGUGUGAGCGGUGCUUUGAGAGGUAUUGUUGGGAUGGGGAGCUGGAUGAGAGGGAGCUGAUUGAGAUGGAUCCAGAAGUUUUGGACCCAACAUUGAUUUUGAAUCCGGGGGUGGGGUUUGAGGUGUGGAAUGCUACGAAUCCUUAUUGA